AUGUCCAUCAACAAAGUACUCCUCGUCGGCGCAAACGGCAACCUAGGUACAGUCCUUCUCGAGGGUCUAGUCGCCUCAAACUCCUUCUCUGUUUCGGUCGCCAAGCGCGCAUCGUCCAAAUCUAUCCCUGCGCACGCAUCCUCCGUGAAUAUUGUCACGAUCCCCGAUGACCUUUCCAUUGAAGGCUUGAUCCCAAUCUUGAAAAACCAAGAUGCCGUCAUCGCUUCAUUCCCUUUGACAGGGGUUGUUGAUCAGCACUUACGCCUUGCUGAAGCAUCUGCGAAAGCUGGUGUCAAGAGGUUCAUUCCGGCUGAUUUUGGGAGCUGUGAUGCACAGAGUGAACAGGCGAAGAAGCUGUUGAAAUUGUAUCGGGAUAAGGAUACUGUAAGGAAUAAGGCUGUCGAGCUUGCGAAGGAAUACCCUGGUUUCUCAUGGACUUCGCUUGUCUGUGGGCAUUUCUUCGAUUAUGGUAUUCUCGAUGGUCUGCUGCAUACGGAUCUUGAGACCAACACCGCUGUCAUCCUGGACAAGGGCGAUGUUCCAGCCUCAGCAUCUACACUCCACCGCGUCGCCGAAGCAUUAGUCGCCGUUCUCAAGCGCCCCGAUACAACGAAAAACCGCCUUCUCUACGUCCAAAGUUUCUGCAAGACACAACUUGAAGUUGUAGCAGCGCUGGAGAAAGCCACAGGCGUAGAGUGGAAGAAGGAGUUUGUAGACUCGAAGGCGUUCUUAGAGAGGGAGGUUAAUAAGUUAGCGGUGGAGUAUAGCCACCAUGCGAUGGAGGAGAUUGUGUUUGUGUUGGGAGCGCUGGAUGCUGAGUGGCCGAAGAGGGGAGAUGCGUUUGCGAUGAAGGAGUUGGGAUUGGAGGAUGAGGAUCUCGACAAGGUUGUCCAGAAGGUUGUGGAUAAGUGGAAGAGGGAGAAGGAGGAAAAGAAGUGA